UAAUGUAGUAACUGUGACUGGAGGCACGAUUUGUCUUAUUUAUGGAUUGAUUAUGUUGGGAUGGUUGAUAAGCCGCAUAGCUCAAGGAAAGCAAUUUACAAAGGAUGUACGGGCAGAAAACAAAGUAGUAAUUGUUACUGGAUCUAGUGGAGGUAUUGGUAAGGAAACCGCUCUAGAUCUUGCCUCACGUGGAGCCACAGUGUACAUGGCUUGUCGAGACAUGCAGAAAUGUGAUGAAGCUAGAUUGCAAAUAAUUGAAAAAACGGGAAAUAGUAAAGUCUACGCAAGGAAAUUAGAUUUGGGAUCGUUGGAGUCAGUCAGAAAUUUUGUGAAAGAGUUUCUCGAAGAGGAGGACCGACUCGACAUUUUAAUAAACAAUGCGGGUGUUAUGAAUUUACCAAGGUGGGAGACUGAAGACGGAUUCGAAAUGCAACUUGGAGUUAAUCACAUGGGACAUUUCCUUCUUACCAACUUAUUACUGGAUACACUGAAAGCAUCAGCUCCGAGUCGGAUAGUCGUUGUAGCUAGUAGGGCUUAUUUAAUUGGUGUCAUCAGAAAAGACGAUUUGAAUAGCAAGAAAUCGUACAACAAAUACAAAGCAUAUUUUCAAAGUAAAUUAGCAAACGUUCUGUUCGCAAAGGAGCUGUCAAAACGCUUAGAAGGGACAAGAGUUACUUGUAAUAGUCUACAUCCCGGUGUUGUACAAACUGAACUUAUGCGAUACCAAUCGAUAGUCAGUAAACUAAUGAUUCCGUUUCGGAUAUUCCAAAAAAGUCCAAAGUCAGGAGCACAGACCCAAUUGAUGGUUGCAUUAGAUCCAGAUUUGGAGAAGGUGUCAGGAAAAUAUUUCGAUAAUUGUAAAAUGAAAGAAGAGGGCAAUGCAGCUAAAGACGACGAAACGGCUAAAUGGUUGUGGAACACAAGCGUUGAAUGGACUAAAAGUGAUCAGAGAUUUUAAAGUGAUUCCAAAAUAGGUUUUUAGCUUCUAAAUCGUUUUGUUCGUUCCAUGUGUUAUUCACUGCAAUAAGAGUACAGACUGUUCAAACUCUGUCUAACUUUUCGUCCAUUCAACAUUGCGCAAUGGCUCCCCUAGCUUUUUUUUGUUGACAACAUUGAUUGUAAAUUAUUAGUGGUUUAAAUUGUCGUUUUGCUUUUAACUUUGGAAUUAUAAGAAAAUCUUACUGCACGUAGUGUGAAUAAC